AUGGAAUACAUGCCCAAAGAAGGCGUUUUGGGGGGCAUUAUGGCACCGCUUACGAAUCUGUUGCUAGUGGUCUCCUACGACGGGACCCGUUUCAACGGUUGGAAUGGCAUGCCCCUCUGCAGCUCCAUCCCCAACCGCGGGCUGGAUAGCGUGGCCAAUUGCCUGCUAAAGCCCCUGCUUGCGUUGCACGGGUUCGACGCCAGCAGCAAAUACUUAGACUACGGCUUUUCAGGAGGUCCAGCUGGGGAAGGGGGGGCACAGAGUCCAGAAGCUAAAAUUAUGAAUUUUUCACUGGUAGGGGCCAGCAGGACGGAUAAGGGUGUACAUGCACAAGGGAUGGUAUGCCAAUACAGGUCUUUCACCAGGUUCCCGCCGUUAGAUGGGGAUUUGAUGCAAAUCUACACCAGGAUGAACCGCAUGAUCCCCCCGUCCAUCCGCAUAAAUGCAAUGUUACACGUAAACGAUCCGAAAUUCAUGGUGCGGUUCGACAAUAUCGGUAAAAUCUACACCUAUCGGUUCAGCGUAGGCCCCGCUAACCCCUUCAAUCGACACUACUGUUGGCAACUGAAUUCCGAUCUGGCGCUGAUAAAGCGGGAUACAAUGAACAUAAAAUUUGACCCGGAGAAGGCGGAAACUGCAUUGAACAGCUUCCUGGGCAGGCACGACUUUACAAACUUUAGAAACGUGUACCGAGGCAACGAAAAAAAUAGGCCUGUGGACCCCUUCUGCACCAUUGAGAGCGCUGAACUGGCCAAGGACGAAUCUUGCUAUAUGCUAUUAAUCAGAGGUGACCGCUUCCUCUAUAAAAUGGUGCGUCAUAUCGUGGCCCACGUAGUUUACACCGCACUGGGGCUGCUGCCAGAGGGCUAUAUAGGGCAGCUGCUCCGGGGCGGCCCGAAGAACAGGCACGUAGAACCCGCCCCCAGCCACGGGCUGGAGCUGAGCCGAGUCGUCUUACCCAAAGAUGUUGAACUGGCCAUCCGCCAUAGCAGUGCCUCCCUCAGUCGCAAUAUCAAUAAGAUAACCUGA